AGGAGGGGAGAGAAGAAGGGGGUGGAGGCGGGUGAGAGUGUGUUGAAGCCUUUAAAUUGUGGACAACUUCCAAUAGAUGUGAGUGACUAAGAGAGACUGAGAAACACAAUUAGGGAAAAAAGUCCUGAGGUUGAAAGGAGAGAAGAAGAGGAAGAAAAAGAAGAAGAAAUGAAGGACUUGGCGCAGUCAGUAGAAGUUGGGGUGUUUCAGCAGAGGGGAGGUAAAGUAACUCGACCAAAAGUUUGGCUAAAGAAUGAACUCAUUCGUGUGGGACUUGCUGAAUCACUUAGCACAUAUGUCAUGAUGUCAUUGGGCUUGGGGUCUGUGGCCCAGGUAGUGACCGGUCAGGGAGCUUUUGGACAGUACCUCAGCAUCAACCUGGGUUUUGGACUGGCUGUUGCCAUGGGGUCUCAUGUUGGAGGGAAGAUCUCGGGGGCUCAUAUGAACGGAGCCGUAUCAUUCACAAUGUGUGUGUUUCGCCGCCUCCCGUGGAAGAUGCUACCUCUUUAUAUUUCGGCACAGCUAUUGGGGUCAUUUCUGGCAGCAGGGACAAUUUAUGCUGUCUACUAUGAAGCCAUUCAUGACUACUGUGGAGGGAACCUGACUGUGACUGGUGAGAAGGCCACAGCUGGUAUCUUUGCCACCUAUCCUGCUCCAUACCUCUCUCUGAUAGCUGGAUUUUUUGACCAGGUAUUUGGCACAGCGAUGCUACUACUGUGCCUUAUGGCUCUAUCCGACCAGAAGAACAAACCAGCGCCAGCAGGAAGUGAGCCUGCAUUUGUGGGUUUCCUGGUGCUUCUCAUUGGCAUUUCUUUGGGUAGCAACAGUGGCUAUGCCAUCAACCCCACCAGAGACAUCGCACCCAGGGUUUUCACUGCCAUGGCAGGCUGGGGAACUGAUGUGUUCAGGGUUGGAAAUGGAUGGUGGUGGGUGCCUCUAGUUGCAACCCCUAUUGGAGGAGUCCUUGGAGCAGGGCUAUACAAGGCUGUUGUGGAACUGCAACACCCACACCUCUCUGAAGCAGGUGGAGAGAUGGUUGAAGAAGCUGUCCCUCUGGAUAAAGAGAUAAAUACCAGUGAAAAUGUGUGUGUGUGACACCCUAGCUAAGUUGACAGCUAAGUGAAUAGCUCUAUGAAGAUGCAACAUUCAAUGAAGGUAAAGGGUUAAAAAGCCCAAAACUAACUUGUUAGAUGGGAGACAGAAGACGAUUAGCAAACAGGGAGUGAAAUAAAGAUUUGUUUAAAUCAAAAAUGCUCACCGUGUUUUACACAAUUUCAACAUCAACUUAACCUGGGUGUGGUGAAUUAAUUUUCCCAAGUGGCAACAUGGGAAACUGAGACUGUUGUGGAGGGCCGCACCAAUAAGAUGAACUCAUUUCUGCUCAAUAUUAAUUAUUCCUUUAUAAGCUGCUGCUGGUAAGAGUAGAUGUUACAAUUAGGCCCUAAUUGUGGUCUCUUGGGAAAAUUAAUUGCCCAUCCCUGACUUAUUCUUCUAGAGUUAUUGUAAAUGAUAGACUACAAUACAUAUAAAAUAUACACUAUUAGACAUUUUGACUCACUGUGCUCGUUACUAUACGCUACAAUAAAAAGGUUUAAGACAAACAUAGGGUCACUUUAGAGAUGAAAAAUUGACAAAACCACACUUGCUCACUCAUGCUGUUUUUAUUACUGCAAUAGCAGCUGAUGUAACCUUAGAAGACAUCAUAAAUAUCAUUCACUUUAACACUCAACAUGGGACUACUUCCACAACUGUGGAAAAACUUAAGGGUAUGCAAAGAGAAGCAAACAGCCCCCACACACUACAGCAAAGAUCAUAUAUCUUUUUGAAAAUCAAACACACAGUAGGAGAUGACUCCUCACUGCUUGAAAGGACAGCGGCAAAACCAAAUACAGACAUUUUUCUUUCUAGCAUUCUUGUGCACAGCAGCCUACAGACAAAAAGUACAUAUCUUCUGCUUCUCCAAAGUACUUGAACCAAAACUGUAGAUGUGAGAUCGGGUGUACUGAGCUUUAUACUUGUGUUACAAGAGCCAUUUUGUUAAGCGGUUACCCAAUUUAGAAUCAGUAGGUGGGGUCUGUGGCAGGGGUAUUGGCUGAAUUAAACUUCUCUGGUGAUUCUUUGUAGGGUCUACAGGGAUUACCUAUGUACGAGGUUGAUGUUGUUGCGGGUAUUCAAGCUUGUGCGUGGUAUGUGUGAUCAUGUCCCGAUCUAUUAGAUUCAGUGCCAGGAACAAAAAAGUAGCCAGACAUGCAUAAGAGGAAUCAGUGGUACUAAAUGGACCAAUCAUAAUUCUGGUGCGAUGUAUAGUUGCUUAUUAAGGUUAGGGCAAGCACUACGUUGUUGGCUUUCAUAGAGGUUUGUUGUUUUGACAUACCUGUAGCGAAGACUUAACAAAGUAUGAAUCAUGUGAAGCAGACACAAGAUAAUCAUUCACAACCUAUAGCCAGUUUAGAGUCACCAGAUAAUCUGAUGUGAAUGUCUGUGGAAGAAGCAAGAGUUACUGGUGAGAACUCGCACAGGCA